AUGCGGCCCUGGGCGGGCUCGUGGCGCUGGAUCACCCUGGUGUUGCUGGCGUGGGGCACGCUGCUCUUCUACAUCGGGGGCCAUCUGGUGAGAGACAGCGAACACCCUGAGAGGUCCAGCCGCGAGCUAUCUAAGAUCCUGGCCAAACUGGAGCGCCUCAAGCAGCAGAACGAGGACCUGAGACGCAUGGCAGAGUCCCUCAGGAUACCUGAGGGCAAAGUAGAAGAGGGAGGGGCCCUGGCUGUGGGGAGACUACGCUCCCUGGAGGACCAGCUGACCAGAGCCAAGCAGAAGAUCCACAGCUUCCAGAGACUGACCGGAGAUGGUCCAGGCCCCACCCAGGAGGAGCUGAGGCGGAGGGUAGAGAACGGUGUGAGGGAGCUCUGGUACUUUGUCCGCAGCGAGGUGAAGAGCCUGGGCCAUGUGGAGGCCGGGGAGAGGCCCAGACAGGCUGACACCCUGCUACAAGACCUGGGACACCAACAGAGGUCUAUCAUGACAGACCUGUACUACCUCAGCCAGGCUGAUGGAGUGGGAGACUGGAGAGUGAAGGAGGCCAGGGACCUGUCUAACCUGGUGCAGAGCAGGAUCACCUACCUACAGAAUCCCCAGGACUGCAGCAAGGCACGUAAGCUGGUGUGUAACAUCAACAAGGGCUGUGGCUAUGGCUGUCAGCUGCACCACGUGGUCUACUGCUUCAUGAUCGCCUAUGGCACCCAGCGCACCCUCAUCCUGGAGUCCCACAACUGGCGCUACGCCACGGGUGGCUGGGAGACCGUCUUCCACCCCGUCAGCAACUCCUGUACCGACCGUACCGGGGUGUCUACAGGGCACUGGUCAGGUGAGGCCCAUGACAAGGACAUCCAGGUGGUAGAGUUACCCAUCGUGGAUAGCCUACACCCCCGCCCCCCGUACCUGCCCUUGUCCAUCCCGGAAGACCUAGCCCAGCGUCUACACCGUCUCCAUGGUGACCCGUCUGUGUGGUGGGUGUCUCAGUUCGUUAAGUACCUGGUGCGUCCUCAGGCCUGGCUGGAGAAGGAGAUUGCAGACACCACAGCCAAGCUGGGUUUCAAGCACCCCAUCAUAGGGGUCCAUGUUCGACGGACAGAUAAGGUGGGGACGGAGGCUGCGUUCCACCCUAUAGAGGAGUACAUGGUGCACGUGGAGGAACAGUUCCAACACAUGGCCAGACGCAUCCACGUGGACAAGAAACGAGUCUACCUGGCAACAGAUGACCCCUCACUACUGCAAGAGGCUAAGACGAAGUACCCUGACUAUGAGUUCAUCAGUGAUAACUCCAUCUCGUGGUCAGCCGGCCUGCACAACCGCUACACCGAGAACUCUCUGAGAGGAGUCAUCCUAGACAUACACUUCCUGUCCCAGACCGACUUCCUGGUCUGCACCUUCUCCUCACAGGUGUGCCGCGUGGCCUACGAGAUCAUGCAGACGCUGCACCCGGACGCCUCCUCCUUCUUCCACUCGCUAGACGACAUCUACUACUUCGGGGGCCAGAACGCCCACAACCAGAUCGCCAUCUACCCCCACCACCCCCGCAACCCCGAAGACAUACCCCUGGAGCCCGGUGACGUCAUCGGCGUGGCGGGGAACCACUGGGAUGGCUACUCGAAAGGGGUCAACCGUAAAAUGGGCCGCACUGGCCUCUACCCGUCCUACAAAGUCAAGGAGAAGAUCGAGACCGUGAAGUACCCCACGUACCCCGAGGCAGACAAGCUGCUCUCAAACUCCCAACAGAAAUGA